AUGCCCGAUAGUAGUCAACAUUCAAAUUAUGUUGAAGAAAAUAAGGAGCAAAAAAUAGGAAAAAAACAUCACAACGGAAAUAUAAUUAAAAGAAUUGAAAAAAUGGAAGGUGAAUCAAAAUUAACAAAAAUAAAAAAAGAAGAAGGUAAUGCUAGAACAUUAAUUCAAGCUUGGUGUAAUAGAGCAUUCCAAAAAAAGGUAUCAGGACUUCGUGAAGAAUUUGUAUCAUUACGUCGUUAUGUUCCUAAAGGUAUUACAAUAAAAGCAUUUCUCUCGAAUCCAGGUCUUUGUAGAUAUAAAGAUGUCCCAACAAGUGAUGCCAAUAGAGUUAUAUUAAUUAAUAAAGGAGUUGAACAAUUUAUUCAUGCUAAUUAUACCUCGACACCAUUUAGCAACAAAAGAUUUAUAUGUACUCAAGGACCAAUGGAUUGUACAAUUUCUCAUUUUUGGUUAAUGGUAUGGCAAGAAGAAGUUGAAAAUAUUAUAAUGCUUUGUAAUAUUAUUGAAAAAGGGCAAAAAAAAUGUUCACAAUAUUAUCCAAUUACUCCUGGUACAUCAGAAACUUAUGAUGAUUAUACUGUAAAACUUGUUGAAUCAAAAAUUUUAUCAAAAGAUGCAGAUACAGUUAAAAAAAAUAUAAUAUUAUUAUCAAAAAAAGGUGAAACUGGAACGAGAACAGUAUUUCAUUAUCAUUGGCAGGAUUGGCCAGAUAGAGGUGCUCCACCAAUUAAUGCAACACCAUUCUUUAUUUUAUCUGCUGUCCGUGGAACAAAAAGACCUAUUGUUGUUCAUUGUUCUGCUGGAAUCGGAAGAACAGGAACAAUUGUUGCUAUAGAAUAUGUCUUGGAACGUUUUAGUUGUGGACAAAGUUGUGAAGCUAUGGAUCAAAUUUUAAAAGAUAUGAGAGAUCAAAGGGCAUAUAGUAUUCAAAAUGAAUAUCAAUAUAUGUAUAUUCAUCGUGUUUUAAUGUAUUAUAUAUUUGAAAGAGGAGGAAAAGUAACAAAUGAAGAUGUUUUAAAAAAUUAUAAAACAUUUUGUGAUGAUUACAAUUCAAUGGUUAAUAAUAUAUAA